GGUCAACACUCGCGAAAAGAACUAUUCCACGGUCGUAUGAGUCCGUCCCGAAUUGCGGCUCUCGGCACUCUGCAGGCGUUGUGACGACGUAGUAUUUCGGCUCUUCUGUGUUUAUGCUGGUAACUGAGCGGUAGCGUGGCACCGCUCAACGAGACACCGUUAUCUGGAUGUUUAGUUGGUCCGCCCGCGCCGUCCUUGUCACCAAACGACCCUGGUAUGUAAACUGGUGUAGUUCAAACGCCCUCGCUGCCCUUGAACGAGCAUUAUGCGUGGAUCUCUUCUCCACUGAUGGCACGCAAGAUUACUCGCCCCCUGCGAGUCGAUGACGCGGACGCUGUUUUACCCUCUCCCCCUUACAUAUUACACUGGCGUCAUCGACUUUCCAAGACCAGACUGGACUGGAACUUGCCCAUUCAGUCUGCUUCCUCUCUUCUCGUUCCCUCAGCGGGUGAGCUUCCUCGAAUCUCAGUACCUUCACGCAGGUACGCCAUUCAGGUAGAGCAGCCGGUCGGCGGUCAGAAGGGCCUGCGCCGCGGCGUGGGUCACCACCCAGGUGUCCUUGUUGCACGCGGCUCACCUGGUGGGCGGAGCUACCUGGCCGGGCCGCUACGUCACGCCGGUUCCGGGAAUUGCCGUCGGCGGCCGCACAUUCCGGUAUGGGAAAGCGGCGGUGGCGGCGCAGACUGAGACAGAGCGAGGUAGUGGGUGGACGGGGGAGCGCCGGCGAGUCGGAACGGCGAGUGGCGAGUGGUGACCUGGGAUCGUCACUGAGCUGAACGGUGACCUGGUACCUCCAGGCGCCAGCGACCCGAACGGCCGACCUUGCAUCGUCACUGAGCUGAACGGUGACCUGGUACCGCCAGCGACCCGAACGGCCGACCUGGUACCGCCAGUGACCUGACCGGUGACCUGGGAUCGUCAUUGUCCUGACCGGACGCCGAGGUCGGCGCCUGUGACCUGACCUGACGCGGAGGUCGGCGCCUGUGACCUGACCUGACGCUGUGGUGCCGAGGUCGGCGCCAGUGACCUGACCUGUGUCCGUGAAGCUGUGAGUGCCCCGUGAUGCCUAUGGGCCGGCCUGUGCGUGCGGUGGUGGCGGCGGCGACGGCGGCCGCGCCGGCGCUGGCCGGUCUGCGGGCCGAGCCGCUGCGCUGUGGCACCGACCACACGUGCAGCCUGCACCAGUACUGUUCGCCCGCCACGGGCACGUGCGAGGCGUGCUACGAUAUCUGCCACCCGGGCACGAAAAACUACGGCCGGGACCGGUGUGAGACCAGCUGCCAAGACUACCUGCACGACCUCAAGUAUCAGGGGAAGAACGACUCCAUAGACGUCACAGAUGUGAUGGCCCGGGUGGAGGGCGACGUUCACCGGCUCACCAUCAUGGUGUCCGUCAUGUUCGUCCUCUUCAUCGUCUGCUUCGUCGGCCUGGCCUUCUACGCCUGCUCCAGCUACCGCAAGGCCUGCCGCCGCAGGAAGACGGCAGACAUCGAGAGCAACAGCAUCGAGCUCAAGAAGGUCGGCGCCAAGCUCGCCAACGGCCUGGCCGCGCCGGCCGGCCCUCCCGUCAUCAGCCCCAAGUCGAGUACAGUGCCGCAGUACGCCGUCGGCGGCCGGCCCAGUCUCAGCUUCUCGGCAAAGCCCGGCGAGGAGGUGAAGCGCCGCAGCCGCCACCCCUCCGAGGACACGUGUCCGGGCGACUACAGCGCCGUCUACGACAACCCCGCGCUGGUGGCCACACCGCCGCCGACGGGGGGCGCCGCCGCCGCCGCCGCCGCCGGGGGCCGCCCGCUGUCGGUCGGCGGCACCUCGCUCCAGUCGCGAGACUCGUUCCGUCCACCCGGCUCUGUGCCCAGCUCGGGACGAACGGAGAGUGGCCGCCGGCCGCGGGAGGUGGACAUCACAGAUAUGUCACCGGCGACCACAGUCGAGGCCUUCUGAGAGACGAGUUGGGGUAAAUAGGGAUGUGAAGUCAACCAACGAGCUCAGAGGGGUGAUGUGAGACACCGCCAUCUCAGAGGGAGGGGUGAUGAAAAAGACCACGUCAGCAGGCUCAAAUGAGAUCUUUGAUCUUUUUGCAACCUGAGGUCUUCUGUAGCUGGUGAGGCUGAUGUGGUCGAACCCUGAAGGCUGUUGAAACUUGACAGGUCCACUGAUGGCAGCUAGCUGGUCAAACUAAGGGCAGCUGAGGUCUUUUGAGACGGCAUUCUUAGCGCAUAACCGGUGUGUUCGAUCCAGUUUGUGCAGCUUAAUACGGCACAACUAACACCCAUCGAGGUCGUUCAACAUUCCAUGUUAUCCUCGACCACCCGUGCUGUGAGCUUCAAUCACAGCACGUGAGUGGGCUCGUGAUAUUGAUGAAUCCGAGCAAUACUUGUUGUAACGAAUAACGAGUAUUGUCGGAAACUUUGUAGGUUUUGUGGGGUUUUACAGCCACGAUUGGUGAAAACAGUAUGCCGCCAACAGCGAAUGGAGCAAUAUUUCGAGGACGGUGACAUUCGUUGUUGAAUGCAUCGUCCUGUGGACUGAGACGCCUCACCGGCGUGAGCUGCUAUGUUUGUCACCCAGCUGUCGAUGCGUAGCUGUCUGGCCGAACACAGUGUUUCGUGGUCGUGCCUGUCGCACAUCGCUGCCGUUGUGUUAUAUCGCUGUGAGCGGCGCUACACCAGUGCCACCUGACGGGAGUUGGGCGAAGUGGAGCCUGGCAGCUAGGUAUUGUGGACGGUCGGCCGGCUGGGUCGAUGCCGGUUUUCGCGAUGUCUAGCAGACUGUAGCCGCUCACGUCACGAUGUCGUACGGACCACGACCCGAUUUUGUACGUUGCUUCUGAAUGGAUUGUUUCGUGAUGUGCUGUCAGCCGUCCUGGCCGCUGUUGCUUUACAGGACGUGGCCCUGUCACAAUGUUUUCAUGUGCCGAGCUGUGCCAUAUAGGGCAGCUCGUCGUAUACACCAUAACGUGUGUCUUUCCUGUCAACCGUCCAUUCGGUGCUCCGUAAAACGAGCACACACAAAUUCGCUGGUUGUGAAUUGUACCGUUUAGAUGUUAACGAAUAUGACGGAUUGUGUAUUCGCGGUUGUGGCUGUUGAUCGGAUCUGUGAGAGAGCAGGCGUGCUGCUGCGUGGCUCGAGCUCAGUGUAUGGUUGUGUAUCUUGUUAUGCGAUAUUUGUUCGGACGACAUCUUGCGAAGGAGACGUGCCAGCGCUCCGUGUUGAGAGCUGCACCCUGUUGAGGCAUUUUGGGCGGACUCGUGGCGAUGGUGCGGCGGUGUUUUAGUGAUGUUACGCUGGUCUGGGACGGUAUUUACGACUCUGCGGCGAGCGAGAACCCCAGAUGUGUGUAUGUAUUGUCCAGAGCGCCCAGUGUUCAGUCUUGGUACCGCACUGCGCCGAUUUAAAGCAUGGUCGUUGGUCACAUCGCACUCAGUUUUGGUGUGCGGCGGAUGUGUUGUCACGUCUCUGAGACUCUGUGACAGUCGGUAAUGGGACGGCUCGCUGCCAAACUACAUCCCAACGUUCAUUGUACAA